AUGAGUAAUACCACACAACUAAUUCAUAUAACAUACUUGCAUACAUCAGCAGUUCGAUUAAUAAUAUCGCUUCGUAGUUAUUGGAACAAAAGUCCAAAUAUAAUCAUGCCAUUCGGAAAUCAAGAAAUUAACCGUUGUCCACGUUGCAAUCAAGCUGUUUUCCAUGCAGAAUCCAUCCCAGCUGCUGGCAAAAUGUGGCAUAAAACGUGUUACCGGUGUGGUCUUUGCAAGAAAAUGUUAGAGGCAAUGACUAUGGCUGAACACGAAGGUAAUGUGUUUUGCAAACAAUGCUAUGCUCGUAAAUUUGGUAUUCGUGGUGUUGGAUUUGGUGUUGGCGCUGGUGCACUUGCCAUGGAUACUGGUGAUCGAUUCGGAAACACUGAAUCACUUCCAAACAAACCAAAUUAUCCAACACCACCUGGUGUUGCUGCAGCAAAUCGAGCUGCUGCUGGUGAUGACGAAUAA